CGCCCUAAAAUCGGUGCGAGCGCCAGUGUCGAGCGAGAGACGGCCGGCACAGCUCGCGCCCGGGCGGGGAGGACUGUUACCAACAUACCUUCUCAAAGAUGGCGGCCGUUGCCAGCAGCAGAGCAAGUGCUCGCGUAGAAGACAGUUCAGUGGAGAAAUCACGAGUCCAGUGAGCGCGUUAGUCGCAAAACCGUGGAGUGCCGUGGGGUGCCGAAGUGAAAUAGAGAUGUGAUGUGCGUGCCGGGUUCCGGAGCGACACAGUCAACGAAGCCGUCGUCUCCGAGGAGCAUGCAGCAUGACAGAGGUGAGUGGGGCCGGGGGGCGGCCUAGCGGGCCCUGGCUGACGGCCCCCGGGGGAGCCACGAGGGGGGCAACCGCAGCGAUGCUCCCGGCUCCCGCAGCUGAAUGCCCCGCAGAAUGCCCCGGGUCUCGUCGGUCGGCCUGUCGCUGCUCCUGAUGGCCGCCGGCCUGGCGUUCGCCACUGCCGGUAACAACGUCCCGCCGCUACUGAACCCCUGGCUGUCGUCGAACGACCUGCAACUCACGGACGAACUGCGGGCCAUCUGUUCUUCAUCGCAUACCACGUCAACGGAAGAGAUAACCUCUUCCGCUUGUCCGCCGCCUUGCCCCGCCACUGUUAACAGUAACUCUACUCAGUGCCUUUAUUAUUUGAAAGAAUCGCACAAAGAGGAGGUGUGCGGCCGCGACCUGGGUGUCGAGCGCAGGCGUGAGGUGCUGCACGGUCUUCGGAUGCGCCACUGUUGCGAACACGCCGUGGACGGUGCCCUUCCAGAGAUCGCUCUUCUGGGGGGUGCUCCUUGCAGACAAAUGCUGGACGAACUCCUGGUGCUGGACAACCUGGCGGGACAGGCGGCCUGUAUCAACGCCGACCUGCUGUCCCGCUACGACUGCGGCCAACCCUAUACCAGAAUGUAUCGUUGCAAAGACUGCAAGGACGCUUACAGGCGGUGGGUGUGCAGUACCUUCAUGCCUCAUUUCACACGCUCGGGACGCCGAGUGCGGCCCUGUCUGGGGGUUUGCCAAGACGUCGAAAGACAGUGCCCAUUCCUGUUGCCCGGCGAUAUCACCAUAAUCCCAGGGGAGACCACAACGCAUCCUACGCCUCAGUAUGCUGGGGAGCCUACGUUUUUAUGCCUAGACUUGAACAUACCACUGACGGGUCAACAGAGGCUAAGAUCCUCCCACGUUGGAGAAGAAGACUGCUGUUACUCCCAUUGCGGCUCACCGGGAAGGGGAGGCGGAACAAUGGAAUUGUGUGAACACUGCCCAGGCCGGCCCGCCAACAAAGAAGAAGAAGAACCGUCGAUCGCGACCCGGACUCACCACCGUACCAGUGUUUUAAUAUGGACCGCGUGGAUUUUCGUGAACGCGCAAAACCAAAUCAAAGACUUAAUAAAAUGUUUGUUAGUUAUGUGCGCGAUUAGUGUAAGGACGACGCUCACAUGGACAAAAAACGCGUACAGAUCGUGCUCAUAGAAUUAGGGGAAUUAGACGAUUUGUGUUCUUACCGAAAUCCGGCCACUCUAUGCGCUUCGCAUCCACAGAAUAAAAUCCAUUAAAAUGCAACGAUCUAAUAGAUUUUGUCCAGUCGUGUACAAUGAAGGGGUCAAGUUCACUUAUUAAGGGUCCUAGUAUCCUCACGAUAAAUACCUAUCAGUUUCAUUUCGGGCAGAUUUAGUUCUAAUACUUAAAAUCUUUAAAAAAUAUUGCUUUGAAUAGCCAAAUGUCGUCAUAGUAAGUGAGAUACAAUGGAGAAAAUUCAGGUUGAUUUCCACCAGGUGCAUUCUGAACACAUCCACACUGUUGGUCCUGUAAAUACAUCUAUCUGUUGUCACAUGCCAUAAUGAAAUGAGAUUAUAUAGUUCACGUUCCUAAUAUACAAAAAGUGUCUGAAAAUUUUCAUUAAUUUAAUGGAAAUUGGAUCCUAAAACAUUUCAUAACUAAUCCUUCUCAAAUUAACAUUUCUUCCUUUUAUUAUCAACGAAAUUUCGAUGAAAGGUUACCCACCGCCACCAUACCAAACAGAUCAAAGAAACUGACGCUGAAAACAUACAAAAUCGAAAUUUUCAAAAAAUGCAAUAACCGCUGUUGGCAUACAAAUUUAUGAAUGUAAUAGGCUUGGCUAAAAUUCCUCUAAGAAAUUCAUGAACAUGGUUUUUUUAGUUAUCAAUAUUCAAUAGAUUAUAUUUAAAAAAAUCAUUAUAUCCAUAAUAUACAGGAUAAGGAAAAUUACCCAAAUUAUUCCAAAAUAUAUCAAAACAAUGUUCUAAAUAGAUGUUAAAAUCUAUUGGUGAUAAACUGAAUUAUACAUGGUCGCACACAAAGGUGUGAAGCAAUAUAUUAUACAGGUUAUUUCAUUCAAAAACUAUCAUUUUACGCACCAUAUAUAUUAUAUAUACCCCGUUAAUUCACUGGUCAUAGAUACGUAGAUUUUUAACAGCCCUACAACUUUUAUGUGGGAUAUUGUGAAAUAUCGACUAUUCAGGUAAUUUUUCUUAAACCUGUAUUACCUGAGCAAAAAAGCAUGCAACUUAUGUUUCUUUUAAAAACUGCUGUUGAAAAGCUUGUCCUGAGAACUGAACUAUUCCAAAAACAACUAAUUUUAUAUUCAAAACUAUGGUGACCAAAAUGAUUUGUUGCCUGCUUAUUUAAUAUUGGUCAGGUGUGAUCAGCAUGAAUUAACGAAAAUCAAAACUAAUACCUCUUACUUUUCAACCCCCAAGGAGGUUAAGACCCAAUACUAAUACUCGUAAUUCAUCUUGAGCUCUUCUUAUAGUCGUAGAAUCACAACUCAAUCAAAAACUCAGGAGUCAAAACGAAAGUUAAAUAUAUGAGUUUUAACAUAAAUUGUUUGAACAUAUCAUAUGAGCUAUAGGAUUCAAGAAUGAAGAGAUUGGUACAGAUACAAUCGCUGAUUUCGAUAACUGAACGAUUAAAAAUCGUUCAAAUUACAACGAACUUAAGUUCUCGAAUUGAAGCGAAGUAAAAAAAAUCUCAUUCUCAAACGUCAUGAAAAUUGGAUUUUCGGCAUUACCUAAUCAUCACAAGUCGAAAUGAUAAGAAACAUUCAGCGCCUAUAGGUAUAAAGCGAUAUAUCUCCAAGAUAUGUUAUUCAGUUAUUCUUGUCUUGGAAGUUUCAAAAAACAGUGCCAAAUGCUUGAAUUUAUUAACUUUCAUCGCUGACUCCCCUUGAUGUUCUUUUGAACAUUGAAUUAAAUUAGUAUGGAUCAUGGAUCUUUCAGUUAAAGUUAAGAUGCGGUUUGAUUUUAUUAUUUUUCUUGGAUAUUCAUGCCUGAAUCCGAACUAAUAUUAUUCUACAGGUGUACCGAGAUCACAAAAUUAGAGAACCUUCAUUUUCGACAGUCUCCGCCCCUAAAAAUAUUUUUUUUUUAUCAUACAACCGAAUUAGGUCCUUCUGUCACACUGACAGAUCCAUGCUCCAAGUAUUCUAUCUGUUUGUGCACGGACUAUCGUCUUAAUCAUCAUGGAUUGCUUGGAUCGAGUUUCCGCAUUAAAUUACUCGUUAUAUACUCACGCCUCAAUAUCAAAAUUUUCGUUUCCCGAAUAGAACACAAUCAGGCCUAGUUUCCUCAUUUUCGAUAGCUUGAACUGGAUGAUUGAAAAGGAAAUAUUUUGUUAUAAAAUAUCUAUAUUAAAUGUAAUAUAUUUGAUAAAAGGAGUUUGGUUUUGUGACCAAAUAUGUACUAUUGAAAUACCUUUGAUAUUCAAAGGACCUAAUAUUUAUUAUUCAUAGCGAAGCGAUGCACAUAGAGUAGGCUGUGGACUAUUAGAAGGGUUAUAUCUUCAUGCACAUAGAUUUGUAUCAAGACUGCAAGUCUAGUCGAAAAACAUAUAUCGUUGUCAAUUGAAAUAUCAAUAUAUUUUCUUUCCAGCAAACUUAAAUGCUACAGAAAAUUUUGUUCUACAAAAUAUUCAAAGCACAUCUCUUACUUUGAGCAAAAUGCUUGUAUAGCAUUCUCUGGAACUCUGUAUUGCUAGUAUUGGAGUAAAAAAAACACGUAUUUCUGAAAUGAUUCUCGCUCCAUAAGAAUAUAUUUCCGAACACUUCCUGAAUAAAAAUAAGAUUAUCAAUUCAAAAAUUGUAUAAGGACAAGAAAUAUAAUUUCAUAAUCGAAAAUCAAACAACAAAGGUAAGCAACGGAAGAAUUGAAGGUAAUGCAGUUAGAAAUAACUAUUAUCUAUCGAGACUGUGCUUUAGGACUAAAUCGACCAAUGCAAAUCAGAUUUUACGACAACUGAUAAAAUAUUAUACGAGUUCAGUAGUAUUAUUUUCUACAGACCCAGUGUCUGACAAGCUCGAAAACUAUUAAAGGCAAUAACUUGCCAAUAUCAUUUGGAAUAUCCCAAAAAUGACCUACUGAUCUCAGCAUCGAAGAGUCAUUUCCUGAAGUAGGUAAGAAUAAGUAGGUAUUCGAUUGCAAUUCAAUUUUUUUUACGUUGCUUUCCCUCUGAUACUAGUAAUACAGAAGGAAGAUUUCUCUCUGAUAGUUUUCAUUCGAUACACACAAAUUAUUUGUUGAUAUUUUCAUUGACCUCAUACGUGCAUAUAGAAACGGUUCAAAAACUUGUAAUUGUAAGUAUUGAAUGGAAGUUUCACAACUGUGAGCAUAAGGAGGCCAAUUGUAUUUCGUAAACGUUCAACGCAAAAAGAGGAACAGAAACAUCAUGGCAGCAUUAUGUGAAGAAAGAUUUGUAGACGUUUUCGUGGACAAAAGUUGAAUAUUUUAAACUUUCUCAGGUAAUUUUGUCAUCAGAAAUUCGUUGUGUUUUUUAGGGAGUUCAAAAAUUGGAACUCGUGCAAAGAACGUGUUUUCCUCUUCUGCUAGGUUGAUAUUCGGUAAAAUUGUUAUUAUUUUUUUGUACACGGGAGGUUCAAUGUAAAAUACAAUCUUCAAACCAGAUUAGUUCAUUAUCAAAUUCAGUAAAAUCGUUUAUUAUAAUAUCGAAUUAAGUAAUUUCAUUUCGUUGAUUUGAUGUUAUCCUUAUGACACCAUAUUAAGCGAUCUCAAAUAAAAAAUAUCAUUGAACCUCCAAAAAAUCUAUGUUGCUAUCUGUUGUUCCUCAGAAAAUUUCGAUAAAAUCAUUCAUAUAUUUGAAAAACUCAUUAAUUAUUAAUUUGUAUCAAAAUUGUACCUACUUAUAUGAAUGAUUGAAAUCAAAAAUAUUGUCGAUUAAGGAAUAUAGUUUUCCAAUAGAACUCUUUUUGAAAACAAUGGGAAUAUCUAAUUUGAUGUCUAUAACGUAGACCAAAUUUUCAUUGAUGUAUAAGAUUGAAUUUUUUUUAGUAGUAAACUUUAAAAUAUAUUAGCUACAAUUCGAAUCUGGUAAAUUCUCGAUUUAUUUUCACAUUAUAAAAUUGAAAAAGUUUAGUUAAGACUGUCCACUGUUUGUGUGAGUAUGUUUUAGUACAGAAAAAUCAAAAUAUAAUAUAAUACAAGAUAUCGUAUAUAAGUGAGACGACUUUUGCGUAGUAAAUUUUAGAUUCGUUCGCAAUGCGAAGAAGUCGCUAGUGGUCUCAUGUUACUAGUUGUGUUCGUUAGAGGUCUUAUACAUACUCAGCCGAACAGUCAUAUGCUUAGAUAGGGACUCCUUUGGUGAAGAUAAUGCUCAUUAUGAAAGAGCCUUAUAUAUAACAGCUCAAACACAGUUACAAUCGCCUAUGGUCUUAAAUUUUUUACUGUUAACACUGAUUUAUGCUGCUUCUUCAAUAGUUUUUCUUCAAAGGUGACUGAGAAGAAGCCAGAAAAAAUACAAACCAUAUACAAUGACAAAUUUGAUGCUCACCACUAACAUCUUCCAAACUAUAGCAGAAGUUUGCAGCAUUCCAAUUAUUAAAAUGAUGCAAUUUUUUUCACUUGUUUCCUGCGAACUUUAGUCAUACACUUACUGAAAAUGUGAAUAUUUAUGAUGACACUUUUGUUGAAGUUGCUUUCAUAAAUGGUAAACCAAUCUACGCCAGAAAAUUGCAUGCAAUUGCAUUUUGUGAUAAUAAGAAGGUAUUUUUUGCUCUGUUAAAAUUUUUAUUGCAGUAGUUUUUGAACUAAGAAGUGAAUUAUCGAUACCAAUGAAAAUUCCAUGAGUAGGUGCCUAGUGUGAAACAAUUGAAUAGUUUGAUUUGUUUGGUAUUUGUGACAGUAAAGUCUACUCAUUGUAAUUGCCCUAGGGUAGCAAAUAAGUGUAAUCCGGUCCUGAUAAACCUAGAAUCAUUUUCAACUCAUAUUAUCGUUUAUAUCUGCUUCCAUUUGCAAAACUUUAUCGACUAAAUCAUGUUAUCCUUCAAUAUUAUUGCCAUCACAUUAUGUAAAUUAACAAUCUUUUCCUUCAAAUCGGACUACAAGAGUACAAGAUACGACUUUCAACUUUUUUGUCUCCAUGCAGCAGAUAAGUAUAAAUCACUUUGGAAAAUUACACAUUUUCCUUUUUUUCAAGAAAUGAGUUUUCAAUCUGGUGUAGUUUGGAAGAUAGUAUCGAAUUUGUCACCACUCUGUAUGACUAAAUAUCAUAGAUAUUUGGAGAAAAGAAUAAUCAUUCCUAAUUCAAUUUUUAAACUUUUUCAACAAUAAAGAGACCAUGUAGACUUUUUUUAUCCAAAACUGUCAUUAUACUCUUUCUUCUCUCGGUGGAACAUAAACCUUUUUUUAUUACUUCAAUUUGAGUCGUUAUGAGUUCUUUCUAGUUACAGAAACUCUUAGUAACUAAGAGCUGAGCCUUAAAAUGCAAUAUAGUCAGAAUGAAUGUAAACUUUAUAAAUAUUUCACUAUCGAUGUAAUUAACAUGUCUACCUUUUCACUAUUGUAGGAAUAAAAUGAUCCUGGUGUAUCUAAGCAUAUUUCAGUUGGGAUGUUAAAAUUGUAUAAACAAAUCAAACGUUUCCAUCAAAAAUAAUUACACCUACUUGUGAAAAUUUGAAAGUUCUGAUAUAUUUCAGAUUUUUGAGAACUCGGUUCAGUAUUAAUUGGAUAUAGGAUCAAGCAAACAACAGUAUACCUACAAAACCUUUUAUUUGUAUUAUGUUAUUAUUUUAGCAUUUAAAUGUCAAUUGUAUGAAUUUUUGUAAGAUAUCCUUCGUGAUCUAGAACCAGAUGGAAUUAACUCGACAGUAUUGUAAUGAUAGUGGCCUCAGUCGAAAAUGACGUGCCAAAAAGUUUCCAAACACUCUACAGUACAAAUAUCUGACUCGUUUCUAUGUACUGAGAAUUAUUUACCUGUAUAAUAUUUAUGUGUUCUAUUUAAUUUAAUAGCUCAAUGAUGUAUUUGCCUUCAACAAUGCAAGAUAGAAAGUAAUUUAAAAACAAAACAAUGAUAAUAAUAGAAUAUAUGUAGUAAAUAUAGGUUAAUAGGAGCAUGUUGAACUCUACUGAGUGUUUUUAGUUGAAAUCAUUCUGUAAAGUCCGUUAUUUUCGAGCUCAUCAACAUGGUAAAAAAAAACAAAUAAAAAUCUUAUCAAAUAAUUAUUCCAAAGAUCUCAGAGGUAUUUUUGAGUUUUUAUCCUUCAAUUCUGCUAGUUGAAGUGACAAGUUAUUGUGAAGAUGGUAAUGGAAAUAUUAUCCGAUCAUUGAAUCCUAUAAAAAAUAUUGUGACCAAAUAAAAACACCUAUUCAUAUUCAAUCUCAUUUAUGGGGUCACAUGUAAUUGUUGAUAUUUCGAUAUGUACAUAAUUAUCAUUGGGAUAAUAAGGUAGAAUAUUCUCCAACUUAUUUCAUAAUUUUAGCGCGAAAAUUAUAAACUUUCGAAUGAAACUCCAAGUUUUCAAUCAAAAUGAACUCUUUUGAGACUUUUAGAUUGCUGAGAAUGGAUCUGUUUUGAUCCAGCAGCAGUUAUUCAUUUUAAAUAAUAACCUGAAAAUUCGAUUAUGUGUUUAUUUUGCCAUUUCCUUUUUCAAUAAUACCUACAUUAAACAAGCCUUGAUGUCCAAUACAGAUGUAUAUAAUAAUGACUAGAGUAAAUGAAUGAAUAGUACAAACAAAACCCUUCAAAAUAGAAACACUGGCAAAAAGAUUGGAAUAUCUUAUAAUUUAUUUAAUCAAUGCUUUCGUUUUCUACUCCUCUACAAUCUCAGUGAAAAUUAUAAGCACCCCCAUUCGGUGUAUUUCAGCCAAAAUGUUCGCUGAUAACAUUUGUCCUUUCAACUUGGAAUUCUUAGAUUUUUAGUAUUAUCAAUUUCUGACUGAGUAAUACGUCCAUUAUGAAUGCAAAUGAUAUAUGUUGUUUUUUUUUCAGUUUGAGUGAUUAUAGAAUGAGAGAAAUAGAGGACAGAGAAAAACCAAUUGCAAUAAUCGAAGAAUUUAAGAACCACUUUUGCUUGAAUUUUCAGAUGAUUUUCUCUGCUUUGCAUUGUUGUAUUAUUGUUAAUGUUAAAAAUAUAUAUUAUAUACUUAUUGUUGCUAGAGCUAGCGUUGUUGUUGUUACUUAUAUUCAAGAAAUAGUUAAAUAUAUUUUUGUUCAUUUAAUAAAAUUUUCAUAUAAUAUACAUACUCGAAUAUGAAUAUGGAAAAACUAGAGAUUAUGUAUAAAAUUAUUAUACAAUGCUCUAAAAUUGAAUUUGCACAAAUAUAUAUAGUUGCCUAGAUAUAUAGAUAGGUAUAGUAAUUGCUUAUUUAUUUCAAAGGUUGGUAUAAACUUAAGCAGUUACUCGUCUAUAUGUGCAUGAGAGAUACUUAAAAGUUUGUGAAAAUACUGACUGAAUGCAUUUUGUAAAAACCAGUUGUUGUUACUAGUGUAAAUAUUAAGGAAUUUUAAGAACCUAAGACCUGUGGUUCUACUACUGGUUUGGCCAGAUUUUAUAUGAUGUCAUUCAUUUGUAUAUAUCAUAUGGAUGUCUACUUCAUGUGAUGUUAUGUCUUUAUUUCUGAUGUGCCCCAUGGUAAUGUUUUAGAUUCUUAACUCUGAAUAUAACUACAGUUCAAACCGAAAACACUGAAGCUCAUAUCAAUAUUUUAUAAUAGUGAUUUUAGCAAAGAUGAAAAAUUUUACUGCACAACCCACAGGCAACAGUUUCAAAUAAUUAUAAUGAACAUUUUUAUCAUGAUUCCUUCAAAGAAUUCAAUGCUAGUGGUUUUUGUCUGUAAUUGAAAAUCUCGCAAUCUCUGAAUAAUUACUGAAUAAAUAACUCUUUAGUUAUUUAUCUCAUCAAUAGCCGCUGCUUGUGGGUGGUUUUAAAUGUCAUUUAAUGGGGCAACAUGAGAAGGUACAUGAAAUACUUCACGAUUGCUUGAAGCGAGUCAGAUAUUUGUUGGUAAUUUGUUUUCGUUGGAAGUUUAAAUGGGUUUGUGAUGCUCGUGCGAUUUGAGACAAACCGAAUUUUGUCGAAAUUUAUCCUUCCAUCGAUGAAUUUUUGUGGAAACGUUGUAUGUAUAGCGAUUAAGUUCAAAGUUGAAAAAAUCUAAAAUAAGAGUAAUAUAUAAGACACAACACAUUCAUUUUAAGGUUGAUUUUUUUUAUUAGUGAAAAGUAUUAUAAAUAUUGAAAACGAUAAAAUAAAAAAUUCAAACUAGUAUUGUUUGAUGUUGUUAAUAGUAUACAGUUGACAAUAAAGGCCAUUUGGGGUGA